UUCCUUCUGAGACCAAUCACACACACACACACUCGCUCGCACACAGACACACACUCUGAUCUCUCUUCCACACACUCAACGUUUUAUUAUCCACUUCUGAUCUGAUUUUACAUGUACAUUUUGAAUUGGUUUUAUUUUUUGCAUGUUUUCAUACAUUAGUACAAUACACACAUUUGCCAAUAUGUGCCUUGUUCCAGUUGUCGUGCUGUUGGCUUUUCUGGGUUUCAGUUCCUGCAUCCAGUUUCAGGCCAACCUAAACAUGGGGGGAGUCACGGGAUGGGUGCGGUUUGACUCCACUAAUCAGACGGCGACCAUAAACGUCACCGGUACCGGAACCUGUGAUUCGUCGCUCAACUUUUCCCUGAGUGUGUUCCCUGUGAUGUUCGGCCAUUUUGCUCAGCCUUGCCUUGAAGCCAACGUAGGAGCGAGCAUCUUCAAGUUCACCUUUGAUCCAUUCUCAUCCAACACCACUGUUAAUAUGUCCGGUCUAUUUAAGCAGAGGUCAAAUCUGGAAGACCUUUCGUUGACCUUGGAGACGUGCAACGGCACUAAAGCUUGUACAGUCAUAAGCGGUCAAACCACAGUUCAGACGUGGCAGGCCAGGUUCUUCAGCUCGGUCGCCGGCGACAUUUACAUCAGGCAGAACGUCGGACAGACCCACGCCAGGGUCCUCGCAAACUUGGCAACGAUUGGUCAGGUCGGUGCUACGGCAACCAACAUCACCAUCUUGACGUCGCAGAGUUCUGCUAGAGACUGUAAGGCUCUUCUGGAUAGUCUGGAACCUUCAUCUCUCACCCAGCUUGGGGAACUGAAAGUAGGCAGCCCUCUUACACCCGUCAAGUCUCGUUUGGACCUUGCUAGCUUCAGCUCCAACACCCGCUUUGCUCUCCUCAAACUGGGGUCUUCGAGUUAUAUGUGCGCUGAGAUCAGACAAAUGAAUAGGAAGGAGGUGAGCGCCCUGGUGAACAUGAGAGGGGUCAAGGGUUACUUCCUCUUUAGGCAGGACUCGCCGUUCGAAGUCACAAAACUGAGAGUGAAUCUGACCAAUCUGGGGAGCCGAGUCGGACCCUAUCACAUCCACCACUUCCCCACACCUCCUAUGAGGUCACCGCCGCCGACGACCUGCUCCAACGACAACGUUGGAGGCCAUUGGAACCCGUUUGGGAUGGACACUAAAGAUCCCACCUACCCCUCUGGACCUGGGUCGACCCAUGACCGGUAUGAAGUAGGGGACCUCAGCGCCAGGCAUGGGUCACUAGAGGGUAAAGCUGUGAUGGAAGCAGUUUUCACAGACUUCAACCUCCCUCUGUUCGGACAGAACAGCAUAGUGGGUCGGUCUGUGGUAAUCCACCGUCCGGAUGGAACUAGGUUCCUGUGCACCUACAUAAGCUACCCAGGAGAGGUGCAUGUAGCCAGGGCUACAUUCCGUCACCCUGUGGUGGGCAUGGUCCAGUUCGUCCAACUCAAGAGCAACCCGUUGUCUGAUGUCACAGUCUUCAUGGAUCUGUCCUAUGGGAGACCCUCUGAGACCGCUACACGUAACCACCACUGGCACAUCCACAUGUAUCCUAUCAGCUCGGAGACAGACACGGACAAGGGGAGGUGUGGGACCACGGGGGACCACUGGAACCCCUUCAACGUGGACACAAAGGAUUUGAGCUACGCCCUCCACUGUGGCCCCUCCAGCCCCUUUUCCUGUGAGGUGGGGGACCUCUCCAAAAAGCACAGCACCCUCGACCUGGGGACCCGAGUGGGUGGGGCGUCGGCCAAACACUUCUUCACGGAUACCACUUCCUGGUUGUCACUUCCCGCCAGGUCGGGCUCCAUGAUUGGUCGAUCGGUGGUGAUCCACAGUGCGGAGGGUGCCACCCCCAGGAUAGCCUGUGCUAACCUCACGGAGGUCCGGAUGCCCGCGGCGGUCUUGGGCCCCUGGCAUGGACCAGGGGUCUCUAGGGGCCAAAUCCGGUUCUCCCAGGCUUUCCCUCAGGGCCCAACCAUGAUGGACGUCUCCCUGGCUGGACUCAGCUCCAGGGCUGGGGGCUACCACGUCCACAUGCUGCCUAUCAGUACCACAGGAGAGCCCUGCUCGGACAACAACGUCAUGGACCACUUCAACCCCUUCUCCUGGAAUGUGUCUACUUCUCCUGCCCCGGGGUCAGGGACUGUGGAUGAGUAUGAGACCGGGGACAUCAGUGGGAAGUUCGGGAUGCUGACGGAUCAGAACCAGACACAGACUCAGUAUUUGGACGGGAAUAUGCCGAUGACAGGGCCGAACAGUAUAGUGGGGAGGUCAUUGGUGGUUCACUACACUAACGGAUCCAGGAUGCGGUGUGCUGACGUCUUAGCUGAGAAUGCAACAGAUGGACACUGGGUGUUUGCCAAGGCUGUCUUCAAAAGCACGGUGACGGGGACAGUCACACUGUCCCAGCAGACUUUUCUGGAUGGCAGCUACAGUGACAUCACUCUGGAGGUGGACGUGCGAGUGUCACAGGUGCUAGAUGUAACAGAGGUUCCCUGGACAAUCACUGGUAAAGGCUCUGAGUUGAACCACAACCAGUGUCCCGGUGUUUGGGACACAUUUAACCCCUUCAACAUGGAAGCUGGGAACUCCAGUUGUUCCCGUGACAAUGCUCUGAGUUGUGAGGUGGGAGAUCUGACGACCAGACAGGGGACAGUCAGCCUGACACACAGACAGCUUUACACCGACACCAGCAUACAACUGGCUGGGGACUACACAGUGGUCCACAGGUCCCUGGUCCUGAGGAGAGGCAGCGAUGUCUUGGCGUGUGCCAUCAUUCUUCCAGAAUCCCCCUGGGCAGAGCAGACCUUUCCCAACGUCAUGUCUUUCAGCAGAUAUGACUUCCGCAAUAGGGUGGCAGAGGUCCUAGAGGUGAACAUGUCCAGGGUCACCAUCCUUCCAGGGUCUCCUCUGGCCACAGUGGACGGACCGUGCCAGAAAGUCAGCUUCCUUGUCUCAGGGGAGGUGAGUACGGACAAGAUGAACUCUAUCAAAGACAGUGAGAAGAUGGGCAUCUUCAAGCAGACAGAAGGUUGCUCAAGAAGUUCUGGACAACUGCUGGAGCCUGGGAGAUAUCUGGUGAUGUUGACGAUAGCUGCAGCCUACUUCCUACACUCUCUGAUCCAGCAGUAGUUUAUACUGUAGAUCUAGGUUUGUAUCCCAAAUGGCACCCUAUUCCCCAUAUAGUGCACUACUUCUGACCAGAGGACUUAAAAAAAAAAAAUAUAUA